AUGAGUACCUUGCGGAGAGAAUUGAGUUUUUCUAGUUACAAAUAUCAAGAUGACAAACCACAGCAUAUCGACUAUAGUGUUAGACAGAUUUCUUCCCUCAUCGUUACCCGUUCUCAGUUCUGGAACCUGUACCCUCUUGUACAGGCUGGACUGAUUCCUUCAUCGCUCCCUCCGACUCUAGAAAUACCGCUGAUUUUCUUGCCAACGGCUGGAUGUUUGGCAAUGUCGAUCGUCCUGCGAGAUUCCUUUCGCUUUUAUGCUGUUAUCGACACUGGUUCACCGUUCUUGACCGCUCCCGAGGGUGCGACGGAAUUUAGUCACAGUCUUGCCAGAAUGUAUCCGGCCACGGAAGAGCAGUACGGUGAAUCCAAGGGGGAAAUGUUAUGGCGACAUUGCCGAACUCGCAUUCGAGGCCUAGAAACUCCUUUAGUUUUCGGGGUGCCACAAAACAACGUUCUGGAGGAAACCGGGGGGAUUUUUGCUGGCAUGAUUUUACAAGAUGAUUCUAGACCAACUUUUCUGAAACAAUUGGGAUAUUCUUCUUUUGUCUUAGACUAUGCAACUAGACAUUUGCAAUUAAGCCGACAGUCGCUUUUGCUGAAUGACCUGAAUGCCAUGAUUAUGUACGACUUGGCACCGUUCGGUCCCAACCUACACCACUACGCUUUAGAAUGCCAAGCAGUCACGCUAUAUACUGGAAAGGAGAAAAUCGACAUUUCGAAUCGCCUAUCUCGACCAGUCGUUGUCGUCAUUGACAGUGGCCUCACGGGUUGUGUCUUCUCGGACUCGUGGAAAGAAGAUCUUCCUUGUAAAGUCGAGGAG